AUGCAAGCGCUCUGUCAGGAGGAAAACCUGAACUCUGGUUGGAGUCCAACAAUGGUCAACACCAUAUUCAUGGAAGAAGUGGAAUUGGCAAUAGAGUCGACAAUGGAAGAAGAUAAUGGCAAAGUAAAAGCAUUUUCCAAGAAAACCGCGAUGGGAUUUUGUGCUAUGCUAAUCAUUGUUGUUCUUUUUGCUGUACGAUAA